CCUGGCUCUCUUUAAGUAUAUACCACUUCUCUUUGAAAUUUUCGUGCGCGAGCAAGCAGACGGCCGGAAAAGAAUUAAAUAUAUCUAUUAAAUCUAACAAAAAAAACAAUGUAUUAAGUGAAAAGUGAUUUAUUCUAGUUAUGCAAACGGUUUAAGAUGCUUUUCGCGCAGUUCUGGUGCUAACGUCCUCUCACACGCUCUCUCGCACAUUUCCGUUUCCUUUUGUGCUGGUCGUUCGGGCAAGAUUGUUUACGAAUUGCUGUGUGUGAUAAAUGUGCGAAAAAAUCGCGAAAAUUAAUCAACUCUAAAUGGAUCCCGCAACGAAAUUCCAUCAGACGAAAAGGAAAACAUCCUCCCCACCAACAACAGAUAUGAGCCGGAAAGUGCUGUUGCUAGCGCUGCUGACGCUGGCGUCGCUGCUGCUGAGGUCAGGCAGUGGCGUGGAGGGGCAUCUGAAUGUUUUUCUGAAUCCCGUGGAAGUGAUGCGCUUGCUAGGCGUCUCUGCCGAGGUCUACUAUGUCCGGGAGGGUCACAUCAACAACUACGCCCUGAACUUCAUCGUCCCGGUGCCGGCCAAUGUCCGAGACAUCAGCUUCACGUGGCAGUCGCUGGCUGGACGGGGCCUGCCCUACAGCAUCAAUGUGGUCAGCUCCGACCUGGAGGUGCUGCCCCGCCCGGCCAUCAAUGUGUCGCAUAGCGGCGAGAUCCCAACCAGCAUCCAGACCUGGUCCAUCGCCCUCAAGUGCAGCGGCCAGAAGGCGGCCGAGGUGGACGUGACCGUCAGCCUGGAGGUGGUGCUCAACCGAUCCCUGAACAAUGUCACUCACCUGGUGUUUCGCCGCAAGAAGAUCUGCCUGGUGAGCGACGGCGACAGCGACGAUGCCUCCGAGGACAUGGACGACCCCCAGCUGCUGGAGACCGUGAUGAUGCCGCCCACUGGGCUGAUCACGUUGGUGGUGGGCGUGUCGGUGGCCAUGGGAUCGGUGUGCCUGCUCCUGAUGAUAGCCUACUGCGUGCGGGGAGCGGCCAACAAGAGGCAGCACCACCACGGCGGCCAGCCGAUGAGGACUUCUAGCUUCCAGAGGCUGAACACCCAACCACCCUGUCAGUCCUCCAUGGGCUCGGCUGCCUACAUGACGCCCUCGAUCAUAGCGCCCGUACACGGAUCCUCGUUGCCGCGAAAGGUGCCAGUGUCCGUGGAGCAACAGCACCCGGAGGAGCUCCACCGCCGCAUCUCGGAGCUGACUGUGGAACGGUGCCGGGUGCGUCUGUCCAGCCUGCUGCAGGAGGGCACCUUCGGGCGCGUAUAUCGGGGCACCUACAACGACAACCAGGACGUGCUGGUGAAAACGGUGGCCCAACACGCCAGCCAGAUGCAGGUGCUCCUGCUGCUCCAGGAGGGAAUGCUGCUCUACGGCGCCUCCCAUCCCGGCAUUCUCUCGGUGCUCGGCGUCUCCAUUGAGGAUCACACCACUCCGUUCGUCCUGUACCCCGCUCUGAACAACACCCGCAACCUGAAGCUCUUCCUGCUGGACCCCGCCUGCGCCCGCACCGUGACCACCAUCCAGAUCGUGAUGAUGGCCUCGCAGCUCUCCAUGGCGUUGGACCACCUGCACAGCCACGGAGUGGUCCACAAGGACAUAGCCACCAGGAACUGUGUUAUCGACGAUCAGCUGCGCGUUAAGCUCUCGGAUAGCUCCCUGUCCCGGGACCUCUUUCCCUCGGACUACAACUGCCUGGGGGACAGCGAGAACCGGCCGGUGAAGUGGAUGUCGCUGGAGGCACUGCAGCACAAGCAGUUCUCGGAGGCCAGCGACUCGUGGGCCUUCGGUGUGCUGAUGUGGGAGCUGUGCACCUCCGCCAAGCAGCCCUACGCCGAGGUGGAUCCCUUCGAGAUGGAGCACUACCUGAAGGAUGGCUACCGUCUGGCCCAGCCCUUCAACUGCCCCGACGAGCUGUUUACGAUCAUGGCCUAUUGCUGGGCCUUGCUACCUGGCGAGAGGCCGACCUUUGCCCAGCUGCAGUGCUGCCUCUCGGAGUUCUAUUCACAAAUCACGCGCUAUGUCUAGGACAUGACGUGGGAGGGAGGGCACAGCUCGUCUAGUUCUACUUUGUUAUAACGAUAUUGCCAAAAUCGAAUGUUUAGCCCGACACAUCACCUGUACAUAUAUAGUUUACAUUAAUCCUUUAAUCCAUUAAGUACUUUAACCUUAAGCCCACACUCUCGACUCUUACCGCAUAGAACCAUAAAUAGAUGCACAGAUUUUCUCACUCCAUUGCAACUAGUUGAAAAACCGAAAGCCGAAAUCAAAUAUAGUGAUAUUUAUCAAUAGCAGUAGUUAUAUACACAUCUAUAAUAGAGGUACUCAUAAGUUUUAAUGAACGUAUUUAUGGAGCAUAUGUUGUAUGUUUAGCAUUUUGGACAUUUUACCGUUUAUACGAGAGAUUAAAACAUGAUAUACAAGUUUAUACAAACACACACUUAAAUAUACAUAUACAUAUAUAUAUAUAUGCCAAAAAACAA